ACGUCCCCCGGUGCGGCUCCUUAACCCCCCCGAGCGCGGAUUGCUUUGGCUUUGCUCCAUCCGGGGUUUUUCUGCCUGGCUUCGGUCGGGUCUCCGCGCCCCCCCGGCUCUUCCGUUAGCCAGAGCGCGGCCGGGGGCGUCGGUGCCUCCGCAGCCGCUGCUGGGGAGAUGUCCGGCCCUGGGGCAGCCCCGGUCGCCGGGGUAGCGAGGAGCGGGGCUGCGACGGCGACUGCGGAGUGGGGAGCCUUCGAGGACAACAUGCAGGGUGCAGGCUCUGCUGUAAUUGAUAUGGAAAACAUGGAUGACACCUCUGGCUCUAGUUUUGAAGAUAUGGGAGAAAUGCACCAACGCAUGAAGGAAGAGGAAGAAGUAGAUGCAGAAGCAGCUGCUGCUGCAGAUGAAGAAGAUGGAGAAUUCUUAGGAAUGAAAGGUUUCAAGGGGCAGUUGAGUCGGCAGGUAGCAGAUCAGAUGUGGCAGGCUGGAAAGAGACAAGCCUCCAAAGCCUUCAAUCUCUAUGCUAAUAUUGAUAUCCUCAGGCCCUACUUUGACGUUGAGCCAAACCAAGUUCGGAACAGAUUGCUGGAAUCCAUGAUACCUGUCAAGAUGAUCAAUUUUCCCCAGAAAAUAGCUGGUGAGCUUUAUGGUCCUCUCAUGCUAGUCUUUACGCUGGUGGCUAUUUUGUUGCAUGGAAUGAAGACAUCAGAUACUAUCAUUAGGGAAGGUACAUUGAUGGGCACAGCAAUUGGCACCUGCUUUGGUUACUGGAUAGGUGUUUCCUCCUUCAUAUAUUUCUUGGCAUACCUAUGCAAUGCUCAGAUCACUAUGGUCCAAAUGUUGUCACUCCUGGGCUAUGGACUUUUUGGGCACUGUGUCACCCUGUUUGUCACCUACAAUAUCCAUCUUCACUCUCUUUUUUAUAUUUUCUGGCUGGGAAUUGGUGGUCUCUCCACACUACGAAUGGUUGCUGUGUUGGUAUCACGCACAGUGGGACAUACCCAGAGACUCAUCUUGUGUGGAGUACUUGCUACCCUGCACAUGCUCUUCCUUCUUUACCUGCACUUUGCUUAUCAUAAGGUUGUGGAAGGCAUCCUGGACACAUUGGAAAGACCCGGCAUUCCUCCCUUUCAGAGAGUUGCCAGAGACAUUCCAGCCAUUUCUUCUGCUGUAAUGAAUAUAACAAACAAAUUAGUUGCUGCAUAGACCUAGCCUUACAGACUGGUGUGCUCACCCUGUUUUUCAUUGGCUGCUGUUGCCACAAUAAAUGGACAAAGUCACAGCAGAAGUAAUUGGCUUAUCUGCAGAUUUGCUUUUGGAAGAAGAUUCCAAGGACAUUUCAGAAGAACUGCCUCUGUCCAACUUUGGCCAAAGUGGAGCGGAUAGAGCCUUCCUAAUGGGCCCUGUAUAUUUAACUGGGAUUGCAUAAGUCACUCUUUUCCUGCAUAUAUUCUUUGUGCUUGCUUUUGUCUUUCUAGACUAUGUAAAUCUUCUUUGUCAAGGGAAGAAUUAAAUUAAAUGGAUAUUGGUUCUCAGCAGUUUCUUCUAUUGGACCUUCAUCAUAAAUUGAGAUCAGGUACAUCACUAAAUGCCCACAGUCAUCUUCUGAAGCCGACAAUUAGCUGCAUCUUGCCUACAGUCUUUUAUGUCAAGACUGGUUUUCUUCAGUUAACCUAAUAACAUUUAAUGAAGGCCUCAUUUAGAACAGUGAAACAUUCUUAAUUGAGUAAUUGAUUAAAGUCAUGCAUCUGUAUUUAUAAUAGGUUUUAGCUCACCCUGUUAAGUCUCCAUUAUAUCUUUUCAAAACAAGUUUAAGCUUUAGCUGAUUGUCAGCAAUUAUUUUUGCUUUUAGAAGUCUCCCUAAUAUACAGCGUGUAUAUUUUCACAACUUCCCUGUUGGGUAUUUCUCAGAAGGCAAGAUGCAUUCCUUGUCUAUUAUUUAAUCAAAAGCACUGGAAAAAUGACACUGUCCUUUGACUUCUGCUUUUUAAAAUAAUACAGGCAACAUAUAGUUCUUAUCAUUUCAUUCUGCUUUUUAUUUUCAUUUUUGUUUUUGAAAUGUUUGGAAGAAUUACUGCAGCUCAUAAGAUGAAGUGACUAUAUCCUACAAAAACUUGUAAGAGAGGACAUUACUUGGAACUUGAAAUAAUUCUACAGGCAUAUAGUAAUUCUUGAAAUUAACAAUAGCAAAACAUAGUCUGUCAUUUGGUAAAGUCAUUUUGUCAUAUCUUCAGAACAGGCAGAAUUGGGGAAGACUAGAUAAAUGCUUAAUCUAAUCAUGAUGAAGAGAAUAUUUAAUAGUAACCAUAUCUGGAUUGGAUGGAUAUUGACUUUUGACUUCUGCUUUUUAGAAAAUGGUACAUGUGACAUUGAGUUCCUAUCCCUUCGUUAUGCUGUUUGUUUUCAUUUUUGUUUUUCAAAUUUUUGGAAGAAUUACUGCAGCUCAUAAGACCGUACCUGGAUCUGAUGGACAUGCUACCAACCACGGGUGGAAGGGACGAUACUGCCUUUAAGCUUAAAUGGAUUCCCUCCCUUUGCAAGGAUCUACAUUGGUGAUGGUGCUUUGUAACUUAUUUACAAAUAGUGGCAAGGUAGCCUUCU